UAUUAUUUAUCUAUAUAUAUAAAUAUUAUAUUCUCUAUUCUCUCUCUUUCUCUCUCGCUCGCUACCGCCAACUCGAUCGGCAUCGGCACCCACUCGAGGGGAAACGCGAUUCCCUUUUCCCUUCGCAACAACAAACAAACUCCUUCAGGAUUCCAAUUCCAUCCUAAUUACCUAUCUUUUAUUUUCCCCCAAUUUACCCUUCUGCUUCUCCCUUUUAGUCUCUCUUUUUCCCCUUCCCCUUUCAAUCCUCACGCUUAUCGCUUUACCAGAUUAUAACAAAACACAAAAAAACUACAACAAGAGAGAGUAGGGAUUUCGUUUUCUCAUUUUUUUAUUCUGUGGAUAAAUUCCAUUCUAUUUUACGUCCUCUGAUUAUAUUCUACCUCUUCUAUUAGGGAGAUUAUUGUUAAUUGGGUUUUUCGCAAGAAACUCUGUGAGCUUUUUGGAGCGUUGUUUUAGUUUGCCAUCCGAAAUCGAGGGUUUUCUUGUUAGAUCUCUGCUAGUGCCACACUUUUUUUUUUUCUUUUUUUUAGUUUUCGUGUUUUUUUUUUCUUUUCUUCUUGUUCCGGUGUUGGUCUGUUUCUAAGAAGGAAAAGAAGAAAAAAAAUCUCCAGCCUUGAAAAUAAAAAAAACUAGGGUUUGUCGAUUUGUCUAGGGUUGUGUACAUAGAUAGGUAGAUAGAUACAUGCGAUGGCGUUGAAUUUCUCGCAUCGACCGAUUUUUUCUGAGGAUAAUUUGGUUUCGCCGAUGAGGAUGGGAAUUCCGGAGAAGAGUGGCGUUGAGAAUUGCUUUGAUUACGGAAGAGAUAGGGGGGGUGGGGGUGGUGCGAGUCAUGAUGACAUUCUCGAUCUUUUGCCUUCGGAUCCCUUCGGCAUGGACAUCAGCACCACCUUCACGGCCAUCACUGGGUGGCUCGAGGAUUUGGAGGUUGACUAUGGUGGGUACCGAAGGGAUGAGCUUGGGGCGAGUGAUGACAAUUACCAGCUUUUUGCUGGGUUGAAUUUCAUUUGGAACAAUGCUAUGAGGUUCCAUGCUUGUGUUGAGGAGAAUAGGGGGUUUGGGGAGUGUUGUUCUGUUAGGGGUGAUGGGGCUGCUGCAUCUAGCAAUUUUGGGUUUCGAUCUGCUGGUGAUGGUGACCUGUCGGGUUUGCCUGCUGCUGCUAAUGUGUCGGGUGAUGUUGAGACUGAGAGCGGGGAUGAUGGUGGGGAAGGGUGUGAGGAGCAAGCUCCUCACCUGGCCUUGAGUUUUUCUCUUGGCUAUCUGGGUUUGUCUGAUCUUCUUGCUGUUGAAAGAGCGUGCAAAUCGCUGCAUUCCACGGUUCGCGGUGACCCGCUCUUGUGGAGGACUAUCCAUGUGGAUCAGCCUUUGAAUGAGAGGAUCACUGAUGAUGUUCUUUUGCAAUUGACCAAUAGGGCUGAAGGUAAUCUUCAGUGCCUGAGCCUUGUCGAGUGUACCAGGAUCACUGAUGAUGGUUUGAAGCGGGUUCUUGAAGGCAAUCCCAAGUUAAUCAAGUUGAGUGUUCCUGGAUGUACAAGACUCAGUAUUGACGGCAUUGUGGGUAUUUUAAAAGCUUUCAACUCUGUGGAUACCCAAGGGGUGAAGCAUUUACACAUAGGCGGUCUUUAUGGUGUUACUCAGAAGCAUUUUGAAGAGCUGAAACACUUGUUGGGUGCUGAUAGCCAGCUGCGGCAGCACUCUCACAAACCACACUAUUAUCGCAGGGGAAACUUUUAUCUACCUUGUAAUGAUAAUCGAACCAUAGAUAUCGAAGUUUGCCCACGAUGUCAGAAUUUGAGGCUUGUUUAUGAUUGUCCAGCAGAGAGUUGUCAGAGGGUGGAACACACUACUCAGGUGUGUAGGGCAUGCACUCUAUGCAUACCCCGAUGUAGUCAAUGUGGCCGUUGCAUCAAUGACAGUGAGUAUGAGGAAACAUUUUGUUUGGAGUUGCUUUGCUCUUCUUGUUCUAAGCAGCUUGUCAAGUGUUCAGAAAGUACUGAUAGAAAGGUUGGGCCAGCUAAGUCAGUUGUUAUUCAUGAACAAAACUAGGCUUUUGUCAAAUAUCUUUUGGAUGUCUUUAUGAUGAAAAAUUCCCCUAUGAAGUGAUAUGAAUCGGUGGGUGCUGUUGGAGUUGUGUGGCAUUCUGUGUAUUUGGUCUCAGAGGUGUGAUGCAUGCGGUGGGGAUUUUCCUGCUGUAGGGAAGGUGGAAAAUGAUUUCAUUGUAACAUGCAGGAACCAAAUCGAUUACCAUGGUUAUUGAUCAUCUACUUGCAUGGUUGCAAUGGAUUUUUCAUUAUGUGGAACACGAUGGCUGCAGUUGGAGUGUUGAUUUGCAACGUUGAAUUCAGAUAUCAUUUGUGACGACUCUUGCAUAACCAGUUUGAACUCUGAUCUUUUAGACUUAUGGUUAUUUCAUUAUCUGCAUUGAUAAAUUCACUCUUGCCAGGUUGUGGUGUAUGCACCCUGUUUAUUUUUUGCCAUUCUUGGAGGAGAAAAAAAAUAAAAGUGGUAUUACGAUGUCUUUAAAUUUUUGCUUAUGUCUCUGUCAGCUUUAGCUUGUAUCAAGUGAAAUUCAUUUAUGGUGGACUUGGACCUUAAAAUGAAUACUAUUUAUUUUUUAUGUACUCGAGCAUUUUCGGAUUA